AAAAAAAAAAAAAAAAAAAUCCACACAUUUACGGUCAACAUUUGACACUUGCUUCAGGUAAACAAGUCACGUACGGUUCGUGCAGUUCCGGCAAGCUCACGGCCGCACCUGAAACUCUUUCUCUUCCGAUUAAAUCUCCGUUGCCAUGGAUAUCGCUCUUAACUCAGCCUGUCAAUCGCUCUCUUCUUCGAUAAAGUCCGCCGUCCCUACUUCGCUCGGUACGAAACCCACCCCAACUUCUUCUUCCUUCCGUUUCGCGAAUUUCGCCGGAAACCGGUUAUCCCUAACGAGGCAGCUGAUUUUACGCCGAAACUGUUCGAUUAGAGUCCAAGCCUCCGCCGGCGGUGAUGUCAGUGCGAUAGAGGAGCAUAAUGACGAUUUCAUCCUCGAAGACGUCCCCCACCUAUCCGAUUUUCUCCCUGAUUUACCUUCAUUCCCAAAUCCGUUGAAGAAAUCUCAAGCUUAUGCCAUCGUCAAGAGAACAUUUGUUAGCCAUGAAGAUGUUGUGGCGCAGAAGAUUGUUGUUCAGAAGGACAGUCCGAGGGGAAUACAUUUCCGGCGGGCAGGACCCCGUGAAAAGGUGUAUUUUAAGCCAGAGGAAGUACGUGCAUGUAUUGUGACAUGUGGGGGUUUAUGCCCUGGAAUUAAUACAGUGAUACGUGAAAUAGUUUGUGGUUUGAGUAAUAUGUAUGGUGUGCAUGAAAUUCUCGGAAUUCAGGGAGGGUAUAGAGGGUUCUAUUCGAAGAAUACUAUCCAGAUGACACCAAAAUUUGUAAAUGAUAUUCAUAAGCGCGGGGGAACUUUCUUGCAAACUUCAAGAGGAGGUCAUGAUACUAAUAAGAUAGUCGACAAUAUUCAGGACCGUGGAAUAAAUCAGGUUUACAUAAUUGGGGGGGAUGGUACUCAAAAGGGUGCUGCUGCAAUUUCAAAGGAAGUCGAAAGACGGGGGCUCAAAGUGGCAGUGGCUGGUAUUCCCAAGACGAUUGAUAAUGAUAUUGCUGUGAUAGACAAAUCCUUUGGCUUUGAUACUGCUGUAGAGGAGGCUCAGAGAGCAAUAAAUGCUGCACAUGUGGAGGUUGAGAGUGUAGAAAAUGGAAUUGGAAUUGUGAAGCUUAUGGGCAGAUAUAGUGGAUUCAUUGCAAUGCAUGCAACAUUGGCAAGUCGGGAUGUGGAUUGCUGCUUAAUACCAGAGUCCCCAUUCUAUUUGGAUGGACAAGGUGGGCUGUUUGAAUUUAUUGAACAGAGGCUCAAAGAAAAUGGGCAUGUGGUGAUCGUGCUGGCUGAAGGUGCUGGACAGGAAUACGUUGCUCGUAGCUGGCAUGCAGCUGACGAGAAAGACGCAUCUGGGAACCGGCUUCUUUUGGAUGUUGGGCUCUGGUUAACACAAAAGAUUAAGGAUCAUUUCACAAAUGUGGGGAAGAUGGCCGUUGGCAUGAAAUAUAUAGAUCCUACGUACAUGAUUCGAGCGAUUCCUAGUAAUGCAUCUGAUAACAUCUAUUGCACACUUCUUGCUCAAAGUGCCAUCCAUGGAGCAAUGGCAGGAUAUACUGGCUUCACUGUUGGGCCCGUAAACAGCAGACAUGCCUAUAUUCCAAUCAGUCGAGUAACAGAGACUCAGAACACGGUGAAAUUGACAGACAGGAUGUGGGCCCGCCUUCUUGCUUCCACAAAUCAACCUAGUUUUCUUAGCUGUGAGGUUGUGAAGGAAAGAGUUGACAGGCAGAUCAUUGAUGAGAUCCAGAAUGAGAAGAUCACUUCUAUUUAACUUUCCCUAUAUAACUCCAGCAAAACAGGUUUGUGCCAACACUUGGUGCAUUUAACUUGGUAAAGUAGAACGAUCACGCUCAUCCCUGGGCAAUUAGAAAGAGAAGUGCUAAUGUUUAUAGUGGGGAGCGUGAAUGUGUGUUUUUCUUUCUUCUUUUUCUUUCAGCUGAUUGACAGGGCAAUUAGAAAGAGAAGUGCUAAUGUUUAUAGUGGGGAGCGUGACUGUGUUUUUCUUUCAGCUUGUUGCUUGAUUGACAGUUACAAGGUCUUGCAAUGAUUGGUUUGUACUAUAUUCAUACGAAUUAUACUGCUUUAUUAUUUAUUUAACUUGUGUUAUGCUUGCUUGAUUAGUUAAACCGCAUACUUUACAAUGAGCUGAGAUCGAACUUUUUUCUU